GAGCCGGACGACGACGAAAAGCGACAACAACUCAUCACCGAGGACCAUCACACCCCCCUCGCCAACUCCUUCAAGAUGGUCCGUUACGCCGCCCAGGAGAUCUCGGAGGCCAAGAGCGCCCGCGCGCGCGGCUCUUACCUCCGUGUCAGCUUCAAGAACACCCGUGAGACCGCCCAGGCCGUCAACGGUAUGAAGCUGUCCAAGGCCCUCACUUUCCUCGAGAACGUCACCAACAAGUCCAUGGCCGUUCCCAUGCGCCGCUACGCUGGCUCCACCGGUCGCACUGCUCAGGGCAAGCAGUUCGGUGUCUCCAAGGCCCGCUGGCCCGUCAAGUCCGCUGAGCACAUCAUCAGCCUGCUCAAGAACGCUGAGGCCAACGCUGAUGGCAAGGGUCUCGACACUAGCGCCCUGAUCAUCAAGCGCAUCCAGGUCAACCAGGCCCCCAAGGGUCGCCGCCGCACUUACCGUGCUCACGGUCGUAUCAACCCCUACAUGACCAACCCCUGCCACAUUGAGCUCAUCCUCACCGAGGCUGCCGAGGAGGUCAAGAAGGCCAGCACCGACAAGCAGGUCCGCCUCUCUUCCCGCCAGCGUGGCACCCAGAUCCGCCGUGCUCUCAUUGAGGCAUAAACGGAUCGCCAUAAGAAGGUGUGAGGGGACGUGUGGUUACGCAAUGUGAAAAGAUUUUUGCGGUGGACGGGAAGGAUCGGAGUUCUGUGCAUCAGCUGUGUAUGUUGGAACGGAAUCGAUACCGGAUCAUACAAGAUUUUUAAGGUCAUGGCGCCAACACUCGGAGGAGAACCCAAUAAAAAGUUUAAACGAUAUGGCCCAGGGUGAUGGAAAUAGGAUUCUGUACUUCCCGAUCCAAUCAUGAUACAAACGUGGUUCUUUCUCCAUGACUCUA